AAGCGCCUGCGCAGUAGCGGAGCCGCCGGACGUGCUGUUCCCGCCAAUUCUUGUGGUAGCCCUGCCUGGGUUGAGUUCCGCGCUCCAUGGAGACGUUUGACCCCACCGAGCUGCCCGAGCUGCUUAAACUUUAUUACCGGAGGCUCUUUCCCUACUCUCAGUACUAUCGCUGGCUCAACUACGGCGGAGUGAUAAAGAAUUACUUUCAACACCGUGAAUUUUCAUUCACAUUGAAAGAUGAUAUUUACAUUCGCUACCAGUCCUUCAACAGCCAGAGUGAUCUGGAAAAAGAGAUGCAGAAAAUGAAUCCAUACAAGAUUGAUAUAGGCGCAGUAUAUUCCCACAGAAAUUUGCCUGGCAUGGCUUUAGGUCUGACUCUAAAUCCCAGACCUGUCUCUCAUCAUCAAAAGGACUUUGGAUUUAAGCAUCGUCUCUGGGUAUAUUCUGGAAGGAGAGGUGUUCAUUGUUGGGUCUGUGAUGAAUCAGUUAGAAAAUUGUCUUCUGCAGUACGUUCUGGGAUAGUUGAGUAUUUGAGCCUUGUAAAGGGUGGUCAAGACGUUAAAAAGAAAGUUCACCUAAGUGAAAAAAUUCACCCUUUUAUCAGAAAAUCUAUAAACAUAAUAAAUAAAUACUUUGAAGAAUAUGCCUUGGUUAAUCAAGAUAUUCUCGAAAAUAAAGAAAGCUGGGAUAAGAUUUUAGCCCUUGUUCCUGAAACAAUUCAUGAUGAACUUCAACAAAACUUCCAAAAGUCUCACAGUUCACUUCAGCGUUGGGAGCACUUAAAGAAAGCAGCCAGCAAAUGUCAGAAUAACAUCAAAAAUGACAAAUGUGGACCCUGGCUGGAGUGGGAGAUUAUGCUCCAGUACUGUUUUCCGCGGCUGGAUAUCAAUGUCAGCAAAGGAAUCAAUCAUCUACUGAAGAGUCCUUUUAGUGUGCAUCCUAAAACAGGUCGCAUAUCUGUGCCUAUCGAUUUGCACAAACUGGACGAAUUUGAUCCAUUUACCGUUCCAACCAUAAGCUUCAUCUGCCAUGAAUUGGAUGCCAUUUCCACUAAUGAAGACAAAAAAGAGGAGAAUGAAGCUGAAUCUGAUAUCAAACACAGAACCAGAGAUUAUAAGAAGACCAGUCUAGCACCUUAUGUGAAAGUUUUUGAAUAUUUUCUUGAAAACCUGGAUAAAUCCCGAAAAGGAGAACUUCUUAAGAAGAGUGGUAAGACUCUAUGCCUUUCCCUUCUAUCUAGUGUGAUUUUAGUAUUAGUAGAAAUUAGGAAUUUUUGAGUCCUAGUCUUUCUUUGCCCUCCCUCCAAAAUUUACUGAUUUAUCUUAUUAUCUUUAAUGUUUCAGAAACUGAGGUUCUUUAAUUCAAUUCAACACAUAGUUAUUAAACACAUUCUAAGUAUCA